UCGUCGUUUUUUUUUUUUUUUUUGCCUUCUCUGUGCGCGCGGAGGGGUUUCAUGUUCUUGCUCUCAGAGAAAAAAAUGGGUAACUUGGAUCGAUGCAAGAAGAGGAAUCAGCUAUGGAGGAAGGCCCUCCUCCACUUCUCCCUCUGCUUCGUGAUGGGCUUCUUCACCGGCUUCGCCCCCACGAGCACCGCCUCCCUUUUCUCCGGCCAGCUCGUCUCCUACCAGCACAUAAAGAACAUGGGCAUCUCAGCCGAGGCCGUCAAGGCCGCGGAGAAGCCCAACGAACCCGCCAGCCUCAAUCGAAGCCUCAUGGCCGAGAUCUCGACCGCGAACCAGACCACCACCAAACAGCUCGCCGACGCAGAUCCAAAGGAGGAAGAGAGUGACCCGGAGUCAACCCCUCGAAAUCUUCUGAUCGUCAUCACCACGACUCGGUCCAACGACCGGUUCCGAGAGGUUUUCCUGACGAGAUUGGCUCAGACCCUGAGGUUGGUCCCUCCGCCGCUCCUCUGGAUCGUCGUGGAGGCCCAUGGCGAUGCUCCGAAGACCGCUGAGAUGCUGAGGAAGACCGGAAUCAUGUACCGGCAUUUGACCUUCAAGGAGAAUUUCACCGAUCCGGAAGCAGAGGCUCAUCACCAGAGGAAUGUGGCGCUGAGUCACAUUGAGCACCAUCGACUCACUGGAAUCGUGCACUUCGCCGGAAUCUCCAACAUCUAUGAUCUCCAACUUUUUGAGGAGAUCAGAGAGAUCGAGGUUUUCGGGACAUGGCCGGUGGCGAUGGUGUCAGCAAACAGGAAGAGGGUGAUGGUGGAAGGGCCUUCUUGCAGGUCAUCAAAGGUCGUGGGGUGGCCUGUGGAAGACUUGAGCUAUGGCACCACAAAUGAUGGGACUAAUACGGAUACGAGCAGUGUUGGGAUAGCGUCGAAAGCUACAAGGAUCAAUAUCUCGGGCUUUGCGUUCAAUAGUUCGAUACUGUGGGAUCCCGAGCGAUGGGGUCGUCCGACCUCCGUACCUGACACAUCACAGGACUCCUUCAAGUUUGUCCAAGAGGUGAUUGUAGAGGAUGAGACUAAGCUGAAAUGUAUUCCUCCUGACAGCUCCAAGAUCAUGUUGUGGCAUCUCCAUACACCAAGAGUCAUCCCUCUCCUGUUCCGCCGGAACCAAAAUAGGAGGUAGAAACAGAGAGGAAAGGAGAGAAUAGAGGAUCCAAAGAGGUGUUGUAUUAUAGGGAAAAAGUCUGUUGUUAAAUCUGUGAUUUUUCUUUUUCCUUUUGCUGGGGGAAUCCGUCAUCUCCCAUGCAAUAUUAUUUAUUGUUAGCAUUCUUUCACUCUGAUUGCUACUUUUUAUAAUGGAGUUAGUUGCUGGGCUCCUGUCAAGUAGCAACAAAGCUAUACCUAAAGCAAUGUGGAAAUGUACCCAACAAAAAUAAAAAAAAUUAUUGUGGAAAGAGAAGGGAAUGGACAUUCACCGUUGGCUUCCAAA